AUGAUAGUUAUUCUAAUUUACGUAGAUGACGUAAUCGUUUCUGGAAACUGUCUCACCAAAAUUCAAGAAACCAAGAAACAACUUGAUAAAGAGUUUAGCAUUAAAGAUCUUGGAUCCUUGAAAUAUUUUCUUGGGAUAGAGGUUGCAAAAACCAAGGAUGGCUUAGUCCUGAGCCAACGAAAAUAUACGUUGGAUAUUUUGGAAGACAGGGGGAAGUUGGGUAGUAAGCCGAGUUCCUUUCCUAUUGAACAAGGCUUAAAGUUGGACAAAGGGGAGAAUGAAGCAUGUGUUGAUGCAAGCCAAUAUCGCAGACUAGCGGGUCGACUUCUUUAUCUACAAGCUACUCGACCGGACAUCACAUAUUCGGUCAAUAUUUUAAGCCAGUUUAUAGCAGAUCCACGAAGUAAUCAUUUGGAGGCUGUAAACUGUGUUCUCGGGUAUCUAAAGGCCACACCAGGCCAAGGCAUUCUGCUAUCACGAGCAGGAGAUCCUGUCUUAACAGCUUAUUGUGACUCUGAUUGGUUAGGGUGUCCUUACACGAGGCGGUCACGCACCGGUUACUUUCUUUUACUAGGUGGCACUCCUAUUUCCUGGAGAACCAAGAAGCAAUCCAUAGUAUCACGCGCUGAAACCGAAUACCGGGCGAUGGCCACCACUUUUAGUGAGAUCAUUUGGGUUCGUUGGUUACUCAAGGAAUUACAAAUCCACAUUUCAUCACCUACACCUUUGUUUUAUGACAACCAAGUAGCACGCCACAUUGCAAACAACCCUGUCUUCCAUGAAAGAACCAAACACGUCGAAAUGGACUGUUAUUUUGUUCGUGAAAGAGUCGAGUCCAAAGAAAUUGUUCCCAUGAACACCAGCAGCAAAAUGCAAGUUGUUGACUUGCUGACAAAAGGCCUUACUGGAUAA